AUGUCUCUGAGAAUAUACGAUCAUAAUACAGGAUUGUUUAAUCAAAGAAACCUAGAACCAAGCAUGUCAGUUUUCUGGUUCGCGGGGGAGAUGAGAAGCAGACAGUUUUUAGCUGGUGGCUGGGUAGCUGCAGCUAGCUUGACAGCAAUAUCCACCAUACAAUUCAGCAAACACCAAUCACAACAUAAUAAACUUGUCAAAGAUGAGAAUCUAUACCAUGUAUGGGGUAUUGCGUCUGAUAAACCUCUUGAUGAGCAUUGA